GCUGCCCGCCGCCCGAGCACUCCUCUUUCCUUAGUAUCCCGACAUAAACGGCGCGCGCGCACGGGACAGCCGCCGCGCGCUUCGGGGCCAUGGCGGUCCACGUACUUUGGUUGGUGGCUGCUUUGGUGUCUAUAAGUGAAGUGAGUCCGCAACAAGAUGAUUACGGACGGUCGGACUGGAUGUCACAGAGUGAAUAUGACCCAACUGUAGAUGAAAAUCCCUUUUACGGCUUGUCGAGAAGGCCCGACUACCCUAUAUCGCCGCCACCGUCGCAACCACCGCCGCCGCGGCAGCCCCCGAGUUUUGGUCAGAACUUCGCCGUCUACGAUCCUGAGACGAGACGGCGGACGACGGCGUUCGAUCGCAACUGCACAGCACCAGGUUGUUGCGUGCCUAAAUGCUUUGCCGAGAAGGGUAACCGAGGACGUCCUGGCUCGCCUGGACCGCAGGGGCUGCGAGGUCUUCCGGGACAUGAAGGAGCAGAAGGGCCUCAAGGUUCCAAAGGUCAGAAAGGUCAAGUGGGUCCACAAGGCCCAAGGGGUCCAAAAGGCGAACGAGGAAAACCGGGAGCACAAGGUUAUAGUGGAUUAAUAGGCCCCCCGGGUGCGCAAGGAGAACCAGGUUUUCCUGGAAUACCUGGUAGAGACGGAUGUAACGGAACGGAUGGAGAACCUGGUUUAAUUGGGCCCAAGGGAUCACAAGGUCCACGCGGAAUUCCUGGACUGAAGGGUGACAGAGGUGACAAAGGCGAGCCAGCUCAUAUAGGACGAUUUUCAAAAGGACAAAAAGGAGAACCAGGAGCUGAUGGUAUGCAAGGUCCACAAGGUCCGGUUGGUCCAACUGGGCCUGCAGGACUACCUGGACCGAAAGGAAACACUGGACCUUUGGGUCCAUUCGGUCCUAAAGGUGAUAAAGGAGCUAAAGGAUCUAGCGGUCAAUCAGUUCAGGGCGACAAAGGUGAUAGAGGAGACAAGGGUGAUCGUGGCCUAGCUUGUCCAACAAGGACCUUGCCUUCUACAGAUAGUAAGGGUGCUAUUAAAGGAAUUCAAGGAGAUGCGGGUCCUAAAGGUGACAAAGGUGAACCAGGUAGAAUGGGUGAAAAGGGAGAUACCGGACCGAUGGGAGAGCCUGGUUUAGCUGGACAAAUGGGUAUUAAAGGAGAAAAAGGCAUUAGAGGAAACCCAGGAGAAAGAGGCCGAGAUGGAAUGUAUGGCGCCACUGGACCUAUGGGUCAAAAAGGAGACAGAGGAGAAGUUGGCUUGGCUGGUCUACCUGGAAGACCCGGACUUAAAGGAGAACCUGGAAGAGAUGGAGCACCUGGUCAUCAAGGCCUAAAAGGUGUGCCUGGACCUCCUGGUGGUCGAGCAGGAUCUCGUGGACCUCCUGGACCUUUAGGACCAAGAGGUUACCCAGGCCCUGCUGGUCCACCAGGAUCAGAUGGAAGGCCUGGAGAGGGAGGACCACAAGGGCCAAUGGGACAACGAGGAGGUCAAGGUGAACCUGGUACACCAGGUAUUGAAGGUCCUGCAGGUCCUAAAGGAGAAAAGGGAGAACCUGGUCUUAACGGGUUACCUGGUGAAGUGGGAGUGAAAGGUUACGAUGGGCCUACUGGGCCCCAAGGACCAAGGGGACCUAAAGGGGAGGAUGGUUUUUCAAUACCUGGAGAUAAAGGAAACAGUGGGGAGCCAGGCAUCCCAGGUCAUCCAGGUCAGAAGGGUGAAAGAGGAUAUCAAGGGUUACGCGGUGUUCCUGGAAAUUCUACGUUAGGAACACCUGGAAUGCCUGGUGAAAUGGGACCAGAAGGAGAAAAGGGUGAAAAAGGAAAUCCUGGCUUCGACGGUAUGCCUGGUUCUACUGGCCCGAAAGGAGAUAUUGGUGGGCGUUGUAAUGAAUGUUGGCCCGGUUCCCCUGGAGCAAAGGGUGAUCGUGGUUCAGACGGCCUUCCUGGAGAACGUGGAGAACGUGGACCUCAAGGCCCGGUUGGAUUACGUGGGGAAAGAGGAUCUGAUGGCCUUAAUGGUCUGCCUGGAUCGGCUGGUCCACCGGGUGAUCGAGGCGAUGAGGGACCAAUGGGACCAGAAGGAGAAAGAGGAGAAAACGCUAUUAUUCCAUCGAAUUUAAUAAAGGGACCUCCAGGAGAAAGAGGUGCACCUGGUGAAAAAGGUCAAAUGGGUCCUAAAGGAGAAAAAGGUCUUUUUGGUCCACCUGGUGAUCGUGGUCUACAUGGUAUGCCCGGACAGAAAGGCGAUAUGGGAAGAAUGGGACCACCUGGUUUAGAUGGUACGCCAGGAGCUAAUGGUACACCUGGUAAACCAGGAACAAAAGGAAUUUCAGUAAAAGGUGAAAAGGGUGAAAUAGGUGAUUUUGGACAGAAAGGUGACAAAGGAUUUGAAGGGAAACCCGGUCUAAAAGGUGAACCUGGUAGAUGCCCUCAAGAAAUAAGAGCUCUAACUAAAGGAGAUAAAGGAAAUCCUGGAGCAGUUGGCCCUCAAGGACCUAUUGGUGUACCCGGUGAAAAGGGUGAACCCGGUCAAAUGGGCCGAACUGGAGAAAAGGGACAUAUGGGAGUGCCUGGAUCACAAGGACAAGUUGGACCAAGAGGUCCACCUGGUCUUAAAGGUGAUAAAGGAGAUUUAGGGUCAAUGGGUUUCCCUGGUACUCCUGGUACUACAGGGCCAAGAGGCUAUCCAGGAAUACCUGGUCAAAGAGGUGAUAAAGGUGAAAUCGGACCAUCUAUGCCGGGACCACCAGGACCUGCUGGAUUAAAAGGUGACAAAGGAUUACCUGGAAGUAGAGGAAUACCUGGAAUUCCAGGGAGUGACGGAACUGUCGGGCCUGCAGGAUUAAUCGGAGAAAAGGGAGAGAUGGGCUUUGUAGGACUGCGUGGAAUUCCUGGGGCUCCAGGUCAAAAAGGAGAAGCAGGUCCAAUUGGUCCCCAUGGAAUGCCAGGUUCACCUGGUAUACCUGGUACACCUGGACAGAAAGGACAACAAGGUUUUCAAGGAUUAACUGGGAAACCAGGAGUUAUUGGGUUACCCGGAUUUAAAGGUGAACCAGGGAUGCAAGGGCCGGAUGGUCCAAAAGGAUUCCCAGGACCUCGUGGAAGUCCUGGAUUAGUAGGAUCGCCUGGACUGGAGGGAAGCCCGGGUGAAAAAGGGGAAAAGGGUGAGAGAGGAUAUCCAGGACAACCUGGUGAACGUGGUUUUGAUGGUCCUAUGGGACCGCCUGGUUUGCCUGGAGAAAAAGGUGAUAGAGGUUUCCAUGGGCCACCUGGUCUACGUGGCAGAGAUGGUUCACCAGGACCUAAAGGAAAUAUGGGUCUAACAGGUGAAAGAGGACAAAAAGGAGAAGCUGGUUCAAUAGGUGAAAAGGGUGAAAGAGGAGAGCGUGGUCUGGAUGGCUUAAGAGGGUUGGAUGGCUUACCCGGUGCAUCUGGGGAAAAAGGCGAUAAAGGUGACAUUGGUCAACCAGGAUACGGGUUGCCUGGAGCUCCUGGUCUUAAGGGUGAUGCGGGUCUACCUGGUAUCGAUGGAAUCAAGGGCAACAUAGGACCCAAAGGCGAUAAUGGCUUACCUGGACCUUCCGGACAAAAAGGUGAAAUAGGAAUUCAAGGGAACAGUGGCCCACCAGGUCGACCAGGGUUAGAUGGAUUUCCAGGUCGCCCUGGUGAAAAAGGACUGCCUGGACUUGAAGGUGACAAGGGUGAACGAGGCGACAGAGGUAUUCCUGGGCGUGAUGGCUUAGAUGGAUUAAAAGGUGAACGUGGAACACAGGGCCCGCCGGGUUUACUUGGCCCUACAGGGUUUACUGGUGAUAAAGGCGAUCGAGGCUUGCCAGGUUUAUCUAUGAAUAUUAAAGGAGAAAGAGGCGACAUCGGGCCUCCUGGUAUACCAGGACUUCAAGGUGAAAAGGGUGACAAGGGUGAUGAAGGACUGCAAGGCUUACAAGGACAAAAGGGAGAUAGAGGUUUUGUUGGACCUAAAGGAGAAAUUGGUAGAACUGGUCAGGAAGGAUCAAAAGGUGAUAGAGGUCCAGCUGGUCCUGGAGGCAUACCGGGUCUCACUAUUAAAGGCGAAAAGGGUUUGCCUGGAUUAUCUGGUAAGCAUGGCCACCCAGGUUUACCAGGCGAUCGUGGAGAAAAAGGAGAUAAAGGUUUUAUUGGACUUCCGGGACAGACAGGACGACCAGGUAUACCAGGGUCACCUGGAACACGAGGAGAAAAAGGAGAUACAGGACGUGAAGGAAUUGCGGGACCACCAGGUUUUGAUGGAAGUCCAGGAGCUCCGGGACAACCGGGUAUAAUGGGACUAACUGGUGAAAAGGGUGAUAAAGGAGCAACCGGUUAUGGUUUACCUGGGUCCAAAGGAGAACCAGGUCCUUCAGGUAUUACUGGUGCACCAGGACAAAAAGGUGACAAAGGAAAUCGUGGCUUUGAUGGUAUAACAGGACAACCGGGUCAAAAGGGUCAACAAGGUGAAAAAGGAGAUCAAGGUUACCCAGGACGUGUAGGUAUACCAGGAUUUAGCGGCGAAAAAGGUGACAAAGGUGAAGCGGCUGCUAUUAUUUACGGUUCAAAAGGAGAGCCAGGACCUCGGGGUCCCCCUGGAUUAAACGGACUUCCUGGACGUGACGGUUCUCCUGGUGCUAGAGGUUUAGAUGGUAAACCAGGGCAACGAGGUGAUCCAGGGCUACCAGGGCCGAGAGGUCCUCCCGGUUCACCAGGUCCCCAAGGAUUACGAGGUCUGCAAGGUGAAAGAGGCGAUAUAGGUCUGACUGGCAUACAAGGUUUACCAGGAUCUCCAGGAGCACCUUGUACUAAUACAGACUACCUUACAGGUAUUUUAUUAGUUCGGCAUAGCCAAACUGAAAUUAUACCACAAUGCGAACCCGGUCAUGUCAAGUUGUGGGACGGGUACUCUCUUCUAUACAUUGAUGGAGACGAAAAAGCGCAUAAUCAAGACCUGGGCCACGCCGGCUCUUGUGUAAAACAAUUUAGCACUAUGCCUUUCUUAUUCUGUGAUCUUAAUAAUGUAUGCCAUUAUGCUAGUCGUAAUGAUCGCAGUUACUGGUUAUCAACUAACCAACCAGUGCUUAUGAUGCCAGUAGAAGGAAAAGAAAUCGCACCAUACAUUUCAAGAUGUGUCGUCUGCGAAGUUCCAGCUAACGUCAUUGCGGUCCACAGUCAAACUCUUGAUAUACCAAGUUGUGCACCAGGAUGGAGUUCGUUAUGGAUUGGAUACAGUUUUGUUAUGCACAUCGGAGCUGGUGGCCAAGGCGGUGGACAAGCGUUGGCUAGCCCUGGCUCAUGUCUUGAAGAUUUCCGGGCAACGCCAUUCAUAGAGUGUAACGGUGAAGGUGGAAGUUGUCAUCACUUUACUAACGGACUUAGUUUCUGGCUCACUACAAUAGAAGAGGACAAACAAUUCAAAAUGCCUGAACGUGAAACUCUCAAGGCUGGCAGUCUCUUGCAGCGAGUGUCUCGAUGUGCAGUGUGCAUUAAAAAUACAGAUAGUUCCCGUGGAUACUAAACCAUAUUCUUUUAGAAUGUCCUAAUAUAUAAGUAAUACUCCAAUAGUUUAAGGCCGCUGGCCGUUGACACUGGUUUUUAUGACAUGUUCACCAAAAAUAUUACUGUAAUACUGGACUUUUUACUUAAAACUGUAUCAUCAUUUGGUUUACACUGAAAUCACCUUUCGACAUAUGUUUUUUUUUAAUUUUAAAUUACCUACUUAGUGUAAUGAAGUACAUAAUUAUAAUAAAUGUUCUAACUACCUACAUGUAAUUGGCACCUAUAACUUGACAAAAUUUUGGAGUACCUAGUUAUCAAAACCAAAUACUUACUUGAUUAAGAAAAAGAAUACUUUGAAGUACGAAAGUACCUAUAGCUUGGCAACUUCGUUCGUAACACUCCCGAUGGUCCGCGCGGGCCGGGGGGCCUGUAGCGAUGAAUGAAAAACACACGACUAAUGCACCUCACUUCCCCGCACGCACGAUUUCACACCCGCGCAAUCUUUCCUCCCGUCGUCCGCAUAUCAUGGGAGUGUCAUCAACGAACUUGCCAGACUAUAUAUUAUUAAGCUAAAUAACUACCAAGGUAUCUAUCAACAUAGAUUUAAUUUAACACCAAAGUUAUAUUAGUACUUAUAAUAUAGAGUUGAUCUACUUACGUAUACUAUACACAGCGCCGGACCGAGGUAAAUUUUAGAAUGGAGCGAGAUCCAAUUAUGGCGCCUUUCGCGCACGUAAAUUCAGCACAUAAAUUUCUUUUCGAUCUUGUCUUUACCAUUUCGGCGCCCUCUAGGAUUUGGCGCCUGGAGCGACCGCUCCUUUCGCCGUAUGGACGGUCCGGCCCUGACUAUACAUUAUAUAAUAUACUUACGUAUAUUAUGUAUAUUAUAUACAUUGAUUUUUUCAUUGUCAGAUAAACAGCUUAGCUACAUUUACGUGCGGUAGAAGCCCAGUGAUUUUAAAUAUAUUUUUUAUUUACUCAUUAAAUCUAUUCUAUAUUCUUAUAUAAUAUAUUAUCAUACAUACAAAGUUCUAAUGUAUUUUGACUAGUCACCAAAAUACAUACCUACAUAUUAUAUAUAUUUAAUACCAAUGAUUGUUAUAUAUAUAUUAUAAAUAUUUAUGUUUAGCAUUUUAUAAAUCCUACAUAUUGAUCUGUUUUGUGCCAGUUUUAAAUAUUUACUUAGUUUGGAACAAAUAAAUGAAAAGUAGGAAAAACUCUUAUUAAUAUGUAUGUAAAGUAGUCAAAUCAUUAUUAAAGUCUUAGACAUUUCACUAUUUAAAAUUAAAUUGUGUAAUUUAUAUUAAAAUAAAAUAUAUAAACAUAAGGUAGGCCCAAUGAAUUAUGUAUUAAGUUUGACUUGUAUUCACAAAGUGUAAUAGUUCCGUCGAACGGUAUACCCAAGCACUGCCACCAUUGUAGAUAGAAGGUAGAUUAAUGUUACAUAGAUAGAUAUUACUAUACAUAAUAUAUUAAGUCAUUUUUAAUAAAUAAUUUAUAAAAA